CGAGGACAUGCACUUUAUGAACAAUUGAGUUCGACAACCACGCGAUAAAAACAUACCAGACUAGUUUUUAUAAUCAGGAUGUGGGCUUUACUGGCGACGACCUGCCUAUUGGCAGCCAGCGCCGCAGCAGACGAUUCCCUCCGAUCAGCGCUACAUGCUGUGCAGAAGCGGCAACGGGACCUCAGCCCGCAGGAACCUCUCUACUUUAACAGGCCCAACAUGAUGUACAGUGAGGGACAGCCUGAAGACAUCGGAUAUGGGUACCAGAAGACUGUACCAGGAACGCCUGGGCUAUUCGAAGCCCUUCCCAUUCCAGCAUCAGCUUUAGGGGCAUCGUAUGAUACUUCCAAACCUAUUGCGGGAUUUUUCUUAGAUGAUAAGUAUAACAUUCCAUCCUCAAAACGAUCCAUCUUCCGAGAGCGAGGUGAUUCCGCUGAUGCUUUGCAAAGGAUUUAUGAAGAAAAUCAACAAGAUGACGACGGCCCACUAUUGAUACCAUCUCCUUUUAGGGAACGAAUGUCUGAAAAAUCGCGACUCCAAAACGCUCACGCAUUGGUAAGGAAUUUCGGCGGCUUGAAUAGGCAACCCGAAGACCAGUUAGGCGAUGAUGACUACAUCAAUGUCCUCAAUAAUAUUUGGGAAAAAUACAAGAACGAGGAAGAUCCGGAGGAUAUCACUGAAGCAGAUGUAGAGGAUAUUUUAGAAUACCUCGCUCGAAAGGAAGAAAAGAAGAGACAACAGUAUGGAAACUACGACACAGGGUACGAUUUUUUUAAUGCUCCUAUGUCUUGGACAAAGCGUGAGCCCAGAAUGGAAGCACAUCAUAAAAGAUAUCAUGAAACCCUAUUUGAUGAAAGAUAUCCCUACCGCGGUCCUCAAAAAAGAUACCCUAUCACUAAAAGAUCACCAACAGUCGUUGCCAGCACUUCGGUCUCACACAGGCAUAAGAAGAACACACCAGAAAAACAACAAACAGAUCCGAAAGUUGCUGCCGAACUGAAUAACAUUUUUUCUUCUCCCCAAAAAACGGGCAAGAAUCACACUGAAACGACAACUACGACACAAGUGCCAAACACAACACAGACCCCUGGUCAAAAAGAACAGACUGGGGAUAACAGUUCCUUGAAGCCACUGGAAGUGAAAAAGAAGUCCAUUAACUGGUCAGACUACUUUGGGAUAGAUCGAAGAAAGAAAUCAGCAGAUUCAGAAAUAAACAACGAAUGGUUAGCAAGGAAAUAUUUAGAGAAAUAUGGAUACUUUGACAAGGAUAAAGAUCAGAUGAGUAUGGAGAACCAGAAAAAACGACCUGAUGAUGUUGAUAAUAAGAUGCGAGCUAUGGAGGAUCUUAUUGUUGACCAGGCAAUCAAGUACACAGGCGCUCAUGAGGGAACUACAGACAGCAAAGAAAUACAGGAAGUGAAGGACAAGGUGAUGGCACAGCUAGCUGCAGCUUACAGCCUUGAGAAAAUGAGAAGAGCUUUGGGUGAGUUCAAAGCUAGUAUAGCAGCACAACGGGCCAACAAUCCUUCAGGAAAUGGAGUGGUUAUGCCUAAACAAGACCAAGAAUUGAAACCCAAACUUAUGAAAGACAAACCAGAGGCAGCAUCAGCUAAAAUGGAGAAAAAGGAUAUCCCAGAAAUUCGAAAUGAAGUAGCAGAAAUUGGCAACUUACAUGGAAGAGAAUGUCCAGUUCUUCAGGGAGUAGAAAUGAGGUGUAAGGAAGUGGCCAGUAUGUCUGGAGACAGAGCACAAGUUUUUCUUCCACUUUGUAACUUACAUCAUAUGUGCUACCUCUGUGGUGCUGUUCUAAGAGCUGCUUCACCAAGAGAAUGUGACACUGCCUUUCUUGAGGAGGCAGAGUCCGUCUGCAGAGAGGAUCCGUCUUGUUACUACAUGGCCAGAAGAACUCUUUCAGUCGCCCGCUCCUUGAAGCCGGAUCCCAACCUCGUCUGUGAUUGGAGGAACAGCCCCUGCCUUGCUCAGUUUCUCUCCCUAACCACCGAAAAAUGAUAAAUCUCCGUUUGAUUAUUUCUCCUUGGUGUUUAUUUAAAUGUAGUUUGUUUCAUGUACCCUGGCUCCCUGUUCUCCUGCCAAUGCUGUGCGGUCUAAGGCCUCCCUGAAAGAGUGUGUGUAGCUAUAAAGCUUGUGUGUGAAAAAAAUACAUGUGAAAAAAUUGUAAAAAAUACUUGAUUUAUAUGUUAAGUAAAUUUAUUUCAGUUAAAUAAAAUGGAACCUUAAAUACGUAACAUUUUAUUUCUAUAACUGGUGACACCAGAAAAUUAAAAUAUGCCACAAAAAAAAAAUAUAUAGGAGAGCUCUACUUUACACAGCAUACUUCCUUGAAUGUUUUAAUGAAUAUCAUAACUGAGGGCUUUCAGCAAAUUUUAUUUAAAACAUAUUUAAAGCUUUUAUUUAUCUAUUUUUUUCUGAAGUUGGAAUUAUAAAAUAUACACAAACAUAACACUUUCCUGUAGAUGUAAUUGACAAUAUACCUUAUCCCCGUCCAAGUAAUAUUCUGAUUUUUCAAAUGAUAAAAUAUUAAAAUCUUAAAAUUUUCAUUUUACCUUACUCCAAAAUGGCUCUAUUAAUAGCAUGACUAUAGACAAUACAAAGUAUAAAAGUAGAAUAAGUAAUUGUCAUUUGGUUUUCGAAUUGAAGUGGAUUGUUUGAAGGAAAUUUUAAACUCAUUUGAGUAGAAUAUAUUGUAUUUAGUUAUUGAGAGUAUAAAUUGUAGAAAUUCUGUGAUUUAAUAAAUUAAAGUGGGAAUUUUAUUUCAAUUCUUUCAUUCAUUUUGCUUGUUUGCCAAUAUCCAUUUAAUUGUAAAUUUAUGAAAAUAUAUAUGUUAACGUUAAUUUAUUUUAUUGUAAUGUAUCUUCAAAAUUACUGUUUGAUAAAUAACAUAGAAGAAAGGAUUUGUGUAUUAAUUUUUGCAAGGAUGUAAACUUACUUUCUAUACCACGAAUAGGAAAAAAUAUUAUUCAAGUACAUACAUUUCAUGAUACUAAAAAUAUUCUAAUGAGUAUACUACAAAUAGUAGGCUAAUGAUUGUGGAAAUAUAGAAAAUUAAUAUAUUUUAGAAGGCAUUUUGUACUUUUUUUUUACCUUUUAAUUAAUAAUUAUAGUUCAAUCAAGUUGUAUCC